CGUCAGAUUUCUUUCACUUUGUCAGUGAGGCUGUUUUGUCUUUACUCUUCCCACGUUGACUUCGAAUUGGCUCACUUCUGAAUUCAUUUCAACAGGGAGGGGCGGGGAUGACGAUACAAGCUGAAAGAAUUACAGCUGCUUUGGCGAGAAGUUAAAAUAAGUUCAUUUUGUGACUAAAUCUCUAAAUAACAGAGGUCGAUGCGUAAUGUCUACCCUACAGUUAGGAACUAAACCUGCAUGGAUUUGGAGCAAUCUCCUGGAUGAAUGAUCAAGCUUUCACACGUAGACCUCCAGCUUCUCCCAGAAGUUACUGGUACCUCACAAACAUCAGGCAUUGUGUCCAUUGUGAUUAUGAGAUAGAGCUCUAAAUUUUCUUUGAAGUUGACGGCACAUCUGCCUUCUCACUAGAGACUGAUUCUGGCACCUCAGACAAAAAUCUUACGAGGGAUGUGCUGUAUCAUUCCCUUUUCCUUACCUUCGUGUGAUCUACCUCCAAGGUCAUUCUUGAAGCCUCGUCUUAUUUUGUUCAUUUUUACUUAAGACCACUGAAACUCAUUUUUUUGUUUGUAAAAAUUGUGCACAGAUGCAUUUAAAUAAAGCUAGCCGUUAAUGCUACAAUUUUUUUAUUCUUUUAAAAUGGCAAGAACACAAGGAGCACAGGCAGUAUCAACACGCCUUCUUGUGUCCACUGGCCAUUUCGGAACAUCACGCUGUGAGGACUUCCACAGCCGAUGCCAAGUCUACUCCAGCCAACCGUGGCUUGGCAGGGCUGAUGCAGCUGGCAUUUUGCUCCACUAUCUCUUACUUGUUAAUCCACUGUGUGUAGGAAUUGGAAGAAUGGAGAAAAUCAAAGUCAGAAACAAACUUGUGUUUGUAAUGCUUCAAAAAUAGAACUCGAGACUAAGUUUUUCCGGCAUGUCAGUUUCCUGUAAACAAAUAUUGAAGGUUUUAUUCUCAAAAUGAUAAACUUAUUAUUUAGCAUAAAAGAAAACCCAUACUUAACACCGGCUUGGUUUGAUUUCAUCGUGGAUUUAUAUGAAUUUUAAAAUAAAUAAAUAACUGCUUUUUCAUCUCUGUCUCAUCUUGUUUUUCAGCUUAUGGACCUGAGGACGAAUUUAAAGUGGACAAAACUGAUGAGGAGGAACAUCUGCAGGAUGAUGGCCUUUCCCUUGAUGGUCAGGAUGCAGACUAUCUCUUCAAUGAUGAAGAGGAUGCAAGAGAUCAUUACAGCAACCAAAACUCUCCCCUCAGCAAUGGUACCAACCCAGAUGCUGGGUACGCUUCUCCUCUCAGCACCACCAGCGAUCCACUGGUGGACGUUAAGACCACCUCUUCCUUCAGCGAUCAAGAGAGGCUAGAAGACAAGCUUCAUGAAAGCAAAGAGUCUAUCAAUGGCCUCUCGCUGCAGGACAGUCUGACAAAAAUGAAAGCCGUCUAUGCAAAUUUGAUCUCGGAUGCUUCUUGGUCCAGCAUCGCUCUUGAUAUGCUUAAAAGUAAACAAGGGAACACGAUAGCAUCUAGUAAAGGCGGUGGUAGUCAUCACAAAGGGAGCAAUGGAUUCCUGAACAGCCAUGGUUCAGGCAACACUCAUUUGAAGAACAGAAGUAGCAACAAUGACAUCCCAGUUACCACUAACAUUAGCACCAGCAGCGCUACUGCAAAGACUGUGUCUAGCAACAGUAAUAGUGUGAUCAGCUCUGGCAGCACUGGAGGACUGGCCUAUGACUGGCAUCAGGCAGCUUUGGCUAAAACUCUACAACAUACUCCAUACCAACUCCUUCCUGAGCCAAGCCUUUUCAGCACUGUCCAGCUUUACAGGCAAAACAAUAAACUAUAUGGCCCGGUGUUUACCGGAGCCAGCAAGUUUCGGUGCAAGGACUGCAGUGCAGCCUAUGAUACCUUGGUUGGGCUGACUGUUCAUAUGAAUGAGACAGGCCACUACCGUGAUGACAACAAGGAUACGGAGGAUGAUCGAAGCAAGAAGUGGUCCAAGCCACGCAAGCGUUCUCUUCUGGAGAUGGAAGGCAAAGAAGAUGCCCAGAAAGUUCUCAAAUGCAUGUAUUGUGGCCACUCUUUUGAAUCCUUGCAAGAUCUAAGUGUUCACAUGAUCAAAACAAAACACUAUCAGAAAGUGCCUCUAAAAGAACCAAUGCCAGCCCUCACUUCUAAACUGAUGCCGCCAGCCAAAAAAAGAGUGUUUCAGGAGUUGAUGUCUCCAAGCUCACCAGAGUCUGUCUCAUCCGGCAUAUUCCUGGGAGAGUCUCCUAAAGACCAAAAAGUGUCUAAUCCCUAUGUUACUCCUAACAAUCGAUAUGGUUACCAGAAUGGUGCCAGUUAUACCUGGCAGUUUGAGGCCCGAAAGGCACAAAUCCUAAAAUGCAUGGAAUGUGGCAGUUCACAUGACACUUUGCAACAACUGACAGCCCACAUGAUGGUCACAGGACAUUUUCUUAAAGUCACUAAUUCAGCCUCUAAAAAGGGUAAGCAGUUAGUUUUGGAUCCUAUAAUUGAAGAGAAAAUUCAGUCAAUUCCCUUGCCUCCUACAACCACGCGACUCCCUGCACCCAAUGGUAAGUCACAGCUUGACUCCCCAUUGCAGCCCUCCAGCCCUGAAGAGAAACAGGAGGAAAUACAAGGUAACGAGACAGAUGAAGAUAAGAUAGAAAUAAGAGAACCAGAAAAGAAAAUUAAAGAGGAAAAAGAAGACCCUUCUGAAAAAGCUGAUAAACCUGGUAAGACCAGGUCUUACCAAUAUCUUACUGAAGACGACUUAGAAGAGACACCUAAAGGUGGCCUAGACAUUCUUAAGUCUUUGGAGAAUACAGUUUCAAGUGCAAUCAGCAAAGCCCAAACAGGAGCACCAACCUGGGGAGGAUACCCCAGCAUCCAUGCGGCAUAUCAACUCCAUGGAUCUUUGAAGUCUACUUUGUCCUCUUGUGCAUCAAUUCAGCCUUUGUUCAGCAACACCAAUUUAAAGGUAUUAUCUUCCGAUUUAGGCUCUCUGAUCCAUUCACCAAAUAGUCCCUCUUCGCCUCUCAGUCACAAGAGUAAUGUGUUGGCCAUGGAGGAGCUAGUGGAAAAAGUGACACGAAAUAACUCGGUAAACAAUGACAAAGAGGAAAAACCAGCUGAGAUGAAAUGCAGAUCUGCAAAGUCUCCUGUGCCACAUUCUAAGGACAGAGAGACUUCACCAAAUCCAGGAAACCUCUCAAAAGUUGAUAAAAGCCUUGCAACUGAGUUUCAGGUUGAUCCAAAAAGUAAAAGAGAGCCAACAGAAACUACAGUUGACGUGAAGAUAAAAAGUGAGCGUGAAUCACCACAGAAAACUGUUAGCAAUGGCUGCCAUAACCUAAGAAUCAUCACUGAUCACUCGCCCGAGCAACUACUUGUCAGCCCUCUGAGUGCUUUGCAGUCUGUCUUGAACAAUCACUUGGGGAAAGCUUCAAAAGUGGCCACAGCCUCCACGGACCCCUUCUCGAUGCUUUAUAAGAUGAGCAACACCACUGAGAGUAAACAAGGAGACCCUGGGAGUCAGUAUCAAAAUGAUGACAACGAUCAGCCCAUUGAUUUAACAAAAUCCAAAAACAGCAGUUCAGCUAAGGCUACUCCUACCAUACCAAAUAACAUAAACAGCAGUAAACCAGCAUUCAAAGAGUUCUCUCAGUCAUCAACUCCACCUCUUAGAGAGAAUGCUUUGAUGGAUAUAUCAGACAUGGUGAAGAAUCUGACUGGCCGUUUGACACCAAAGUCUACAACACCAUCGUCCAUCUCAGAGAAAUCUGACAUUGAUGGCUAUACUUUUGAGGACAGUAUGGAAGAGUUGUCCUCCAUCCAAAGAAGGAAAGGCCGCCAGUCAAAUUGGAAUCCACAGCACCUUCUGAUUCUCCAGGCGCAAUUUGUGUCAAGUCUUCGUGAAACUGUUGAUGGGAAGUUUGUCAUUAGUGACUUGGGACCACAAGAACGAGUCCACAUCUGUAAAUUCACGGGUCUCUCCAUGACCACCAUCUCACAUUGGCUGGCCAAUGUGAAAUACCAGUUAAAGAGGACCGGGAGCACAAAGUUCCUCAAAAAUAUUGACUCUGGGCAACCUCUGUUUUUGUGCAGUGACUGUGCCUCCCAGUUCAGGACUCCUUCAUCCUACAUAAACCAUUUGGAGUCCCACCUUGGGUUCACCCUAAAGGACCUCUCGAAGCUUUCUAUAGACUUACUAGAGCAGCAGGCAGUCAGCCGAAUAGAGGACAAAACCUUUGCUUCAUCCGGUCUUAUUGAAGAAGACACUGGCUCAAUAUAUCAGUGCAAGCUGUGCAAUCGAACAUUUGUGAGCAAACAUGCAAUCAAAUUGCAUCUUUGCAAAACACACGGAAAGUCACCAGAGGACCAUCUCUUCUUUGUGAAAGAACUUGACAAACAGUGAAACCAGUGAUGGCAUGACAGAUAACUGUUUCACAAAAAUGCUAAGGCCGAAUCCCAAUGUACCCAUUUUCUUUACUCUUUACGCUUUGCAAGUUCAUGCAAAGGAUUAAAAAUGUUACAAUCUCUUUGGCGGUGUAGGGGGAGGGCAAACAGGUAGAGCUGCAUGGCUUUUCAAAUUAGGAUUUUUUUUAACAUUAUAUAUGUUUUCAGCAGACAUCUGUUAGUGAAAGAAACUGAAACAUUGUAUGAUGUUCUUUUAUAAUUUAUAACUGAAAUUAUUACUUUUGGAAUCACAUUAAAUCGCCUUUAACAAAUGUAUUUCAAGCUAGUUGUUACACAGGAUAUGUGGGUGGGUUGACAUUGGGGUUAUUUAAACAUGAAGAACAUGCAACAAUAUAUGUUUACUGACUUCCUGAUGGGGUGUCUCAUUUUGUAAACAAUUUAAAUGCUUUGACUUUGAAUUCAGGAGUUGCACCUGGGGUAACAAUAGCAAAUGGGAUUCGGCCAAAGUUUCGAUCUGUCAAAUGCAGAUAGUGCCACGACUGUAUUACGAACAGAUGGAAACCCAAGGAGCUUUAACACCUUUUACUCUAAUUAUUCAGUUUGAUGUGAAGGACAAGAGUUUGCACUAUAGAGACUCUAAGCCUCAUUUGAAAGUUGAAUUUACUGAUAUGGUUCAGCAAGAUUGGUGCAACACACACGGCACUACAUAGUCACUGACUGAUUGUUUCUUCUUCAAUGCACUGCAAUUUAUCUGAGCCUUUAGAAAAAGUCCAUCUGUUGUUAUAAAACUGAUCUUAUUUUGAUCACUACUUCUGAAUAAGUUUUAAAGGAUAAAUAUAUCUCAACACAAUAUGCAUAUUUCUCAUCUAGCAGUUGGUGCAUGUUUUCAUGUAAAGCAGUGAGUGUAUUGUGGCUGAUACAUUUUCAAACACCAUGACUAAAUUGGUGUUCUUGUUUAACAAAGUUUGAAAACAUGUAGUCAUGAAAAUUUAGGUAAAGCUAGUGUUUUAAGUUUUAAGGUACUUUCUGCACUUUUAAUAAGUACAAACUGAUCAAAUAAUUGAAUUUUUAAAGACUUCUUUGUUUUAAUUUUUCUAAUGAGAAUUUAAAGACUGACUAUAAUGUUUUUUUUGCCAUCACACCACAAUAUUUCAAAACAUUUAUUUAAUUUUUCCAAGUAAAAUAUAAGUUCUUAUCAUUUUUCUCCCAACAUGUACAGUAUUUGCGUGAGUAGGCCACCAAUUUUAUGAAGCUACACUUGUAAAGCUAAUGAAGUUUAAAACUUAUUGUAUGAAUAAAUAAAAAGUACAUGUAUGUCAGCAUAUCUUGCUCUUUAAAGUUCAGUAUUAUUUGUACUGUGUGUAUUUUUACUGUAUUUUUUGACCAAUUUGGGGGGAAUGUACAAAGCUACAAAAUAUUGUUGGACCAAAUGUUUUUUUUUGUUCAAUAAAGAGUGGGUCCCUCAAUGUGGUUUACAUGAAAUGAAGUUACUGGCAUCUGAUGUGAUGCUUUUGAUUGUAUAUAAGCUUAAGAAUAUUUGUUCUCCAAUGAGCAAUUUCCAGGUUUUGUCAUUUAACACAGUUAUUCUGAAUCACACCUCAGUUGUAAAAUAAACUUCAUGUCCUGGAAUAAA